GGGGCUGACCUACCUUAUCUCGGCCUGUUAUAAAUAGCCUGGCGCAUGGCGAGAAGGAUGGGCCCUCUUGAAGAGUGAUCCGGGAAGGCAACAGGAGGCCCAGAAACCCCCAGGCUGGUCGGGGCGUCGCAGGAACCAUUUGAGGAGCGAGCCAAAGUUCAAAAGGGGGCCAGAGGGACACGUCUGACGGCACAUUUUCCCAGUCGGAACAAGCGGACGCCAGGAUGACCAAGAAGGCAGGAAAGAGCCUGAAAGAAAAAGUGACCCUGAAGAACCACCUGCUGAAGGAAGCCCUGGCGGAACUCCUGGGGACCCUCAUCUUGGUUGCCCUGGGCUGUGGCUGCGUGGCGCAAGCCGUCCUGAGCAGGGGGACCAUGGGAGGAGCAGCCACAAUCUCCGUUGGCUUCUCCAUGGCUGUCACCCUCGGCGUCUACGUGGCAGGAGGCAUUUCCGGUGGUCACAUCAAUCCAGCCGUCUCCUUCGCCAUGUGCUUGACUGGGAAGAUGAAAUGGGCCAAACUCCCUGUUUAUGUCCUGGCACAAUAUCUGGGUGCCUUUCUUGGAUCUGCAGUGGUCUUUGGCAUCAACUAUGAUGCGCUCAUCGUCUACACGGGUGGCUCCUUUACCGUCAGAGGGCCCAAUGCCACAGCGCACAUAUUUGCAACGUAUCCUCAGGAAUAUUUGUCCCUGGCUAAUGGCUUCGCAGACCAGAUGAUGUCCACGGCCUUCCUUAUCCUGGGGGUCUUUGCCAUCCUCGACACGGACAACUUGGGGGUCCCGAAGGGGCUGGAGCCCAUCGCCAUUGGCCUCCUCAUCAUACUGCUGACCUCUUCCAUGGCCCUGAACAGCGGCUGCGCCAUGAACCCCGCCCGAGACCUGGGCCCCCGCCUCUUCACCUACCUGGCGGGAUGGGGGUCUGAAGUCUUCACGGCGGAGCAGGGCUGCCUGAUUGAGCCCCACCAGGAGGAGGCGCUCCAGCAGUGUCCCUUCAAUGCCUCCCUCCCGCUGGUGAUGAUCAUCCACGGGUGGUCGGUGGACAGGCGACUCGAAGGCUGGAUUUGGAAACUGGCCGAAGAGCUCAAAAUCCAACUGCCUCACAGCAACGUCGUCAUCACCGACUGGCUCUCUCUAGCGCAUGCACAUUACCCCGUUGCAGUGCAGAAUACGCGCGACAUCGGCCGAGAGAUCGCUCGCUUCCUGGAGUGGCUGGAGGAAACCGUGCAGUUUCACCGGAGCAAUGCUCACCUGGUGGGGUACAGCCUGGGCGCCCACGUAGCCGGUUUUGCCGGCAGCUCCAUGAGAGGCAAUGGGAAGAUUGGCAGGAUCACCGGCCUGGACCCGGCCGGCCCCCUCUUCGAAGGCAUGUCCCCCACCGACCGGCUCUCCCCAGACGACGCUGACUUUGUGGAUGCCAUCCACACCUUCACCCAGCAGCACAUGGGCCUCAGCGUCGGCAUCAAGCAGCCUGUGGCGCACUUCGACUUCUACCCCAACGGGGGGACGUUCCAGCCGGGCUGCCACAUCAUGCAUGUCUACAACCACAUCGUGCAGUACGGAAUCACCGGGCUGACCCAGACGGUGAAGUGUGCCCACGAGCGGUCGGUCCACCUCUUCAUCGACUCCCUGCGGUACGGCCAGAAGCAGAUGACCGGCUAUUCUUGCAAGAACAUGCAGAUGUUUGACAAGGGACGCUGCCUUGACUGCCGGGGCCACCGGUGCAACACCUUGGGCUACCACAUUCGGAAGGCCCGGGUCCCUGGCAGCCAGAGGUUCUUCCUGAAGACCCAGCCUCAGAUGCCCUUCAAAGUUUAUCACUAUCAAUUUAAAAUCCAUUUCAUCCACGAAUUCCAAGAACCACGAAUUGAUCCAACGUUCACUAUCUCGCUGACUGGCAACAAAGAUGACGUGGAAAAUCUCUCCAUCACUUUAAUCAAAGGCAUCACUCAGAAUAAAACCUACACUUUUCUGGUUCCUCUGGAUGUUGAUAUUGGAGAGCUGAUGAUGAUCAAACUGAAAUGGGAAGGAACGGCCAUCUGGGAAAACAUUUGGGACACUGUCCAAACCAUCAUCCCUUGGAGAAAGGGGGACCGUCGGCCAGGACUCAUCGUGACCUCCAUUCGAGUCAAGGCAGGAGAAACUCAGCAGAAAAUGACGUUCUGUUCUCAGCGUGUGGAUAAUUUGCACCUCUAUCCAGGUCAUGAGAAAAUGUUUGUGAGAUGUGAAGUCAGUUCCCAAAAGCUGAAAUGAGAGUAUGGGUGAUAAGCAAACGUUUGAAAAAGCUAGUCUGGAGGGGAGACGUCUCAGCUUUUACCCUUUGCUUAGAAAAAGAAAAAAGGAACACUUUUUUGGUAAAAACACAACAAUCUGAAACCUAAAAAAAGUGAUCUAUCAGGAUGUAUUGUAAAUUGUAUACAUUCAAGACCAGAUUGAGUAAACAAAUAAAAAGUGAAUUAAAAACAAACUAAAUCUGCCUUGUGCAGGGCAAUUAA